GCGGCGGAGGUACGGGUAGCGCUUCGGUCCGUGAGUGCGAGCGAACCUCGGCUGCAAUUUGGACGCUCUCUCCAUCUCUCUGCAGUGAAUGGCGGCGGGAUGGAGCACGAGGGGAGCGGCGGCAGCGGGGGGUCGGCCGGGCUCCUACAGCAGAUCCUCAGCCUGAAGCUUGUGCCACGGGUGGGCAACGGGACCCUGUGCCCCAACUCCACUUCUCUCUGCUCCUUCCCAGAGAUGUGGUAUGGUGUGUUCCUGUGGGCACUGGUGUCCUCUCUCUUCUUCCAUGUCCCUGCUGGAUUACUGGCCCUCUUCACCCUCAGACAUCACAAAUAUGGUGCUGCAAUUGCUGGAGUGUACCGAGCAGCAGGAAAGGAAAUGAUACCAUUUGAAGCCCUCACCUUGGGCACUGGGCAGACAUUUUGUGUAGUGGUGGUCUCCUUCUUACGGAUUUUAGCUACUCUGUAGCAUAUACCCUUAGGCCAUGAUGCUGAACCUAAGUUUGAGAGCCUCCUCACAGAAAGAAUACAUUAUGGAAUGUAGUGUUUUCUUAAUUCUUCAAGUGGAGGGAACUUGGAUGAAGAAGUAUGUGAAAAAUGAAAUAUCUCAGCCCUUUCUUCAGUUGGAAGUUCCAGGAAUUGAAGAUCUUUCUGGACUCCCUAUUGUUCUCAACCAAAACAAAUUAAGUUUCUAAGGGCCCCCCCCCUUUUUUUUUAAUUAAUUGAAGCAGUUUCACAGGUGCACCUUUACCCACCUAGGUCAUCAGUGCUUCUGGGCUGAUCCUUCACACUGAAAUGUACAAUAUUCUGUGAGAAAAUGCAGUGUCGCCUAUGUUAGAGAAACUAUGAAAAAUAGUUUCUCUUUCUGAGCAUACUAUACUAAAAUCUUAUCUAAUCUAACUCGAUUAACAUCUGGCAGACUCUUUUUUUACUGCAUCUUCAUGACAAUAAGUGCCAAGUAGAGCUUUGAGAACAAAUCUGUUGACAUGUAACAGGAAAAAAAAAAUCCUGCAACAGAAGUAGUGGCUUCUGUUCUACUGCUGAAAGAAAAAGAUGAUGUGAUAUUUUCUGGAUAACUAUCUUGACCUCUGAUGAUUUAAUAAUAUUUUAAGAGAUGUGCAUUUGUUGUUUUGUACAUUUUAUCAAAAUAAGCUAACUAAUCGAGACAUUUUCCCCCCCCAGAGUUCCUGUAUCCCUUUUCCCAUCACUUUCAUUCUGUUGAUUUUGUUUAAUUUAAUUGGAAACAUACCCUAUUAAAUAGUUUGAAUUCAAAACUUUAAGCCAGAUAGGUUAGGAUGCUCUCUGGACAUUGAGGUACCAAAAUUUUUUUUUAAACAUUCUGUUAAAGUUUUUCUUGGUGACUUUGGUUGAAAUUGUAGAAAUGCAGCUUAGAGGUGGUGGUUAUUCAUUUCUUAGUCUUAGUGUGGUCACCACUCUUAACAGUAUUGGGUGUCACUCCCAGAAAGUGCCUAAAGUUUAAUUUCCACUUUACGUUUCCCUUCAAGAGAAUAUAUAUCUUUCUAGAGAAUUAAACAUCGAGUUUUUUAAACCCAGUUUUAGCUAUCUUAAUUUUUCUCCUACUGCCUCACUUUCCUUUUCAUUAAAAGGCCUGAAAACUGUGACCUUCAAAAGAGAAAGGAUUGCAAAAUUUAAGUGUCUCGCUUGAUCCUUACCGCCUCAGCUGUGUUGAAUGGAAUAUAGUCACUGAUCUCUGUGUUCAGAAUAGUUUCUGAUCAUUAAAUCUGAUGUUUUUAAAGGAAAGUUUUCAUUGUGACAGUAAGGCUAACAGCCCAUGAGGUUACGUACACACAAACAUAUCAAUUCCAUUUAAAGCAAUAUGCCCUCUGGCUUCUGAUUAAAAAUUGCCAGAGGGACCAACUUACGGGGGGACGGCAAAGAGGAAGAAUUACAAAGAGAUCCCAGAAAUCAAUUGGCCAUUUUCUUUUAACUAAGAGGCCGUUAGACCACUGAUCAAAAUUAGAGUGACAUAUGCUCAGACUAGGUAGAAAGUUAAAAGUAGACUUGGAAUGCCAGCAGAUGUUUUUACUAAUUCCCCAACAAGUUUUUCUCCAGUGUGGAAAUCCUUCUUUCAAGCAAAUAUUAAGUCUUUUAAGAUUUUUUUUUUUUAAGAUUUUAUUU